GCGGGUGGAGGGAGGGGGAUGGAUCUUCGCGUGCAGCCGGAGCAUUGAGUCUGAGUGACGUCUCUCUGCUCUCUGAGGAUCCGUGUGUUUUUGCAUCGCGCUCCUGUUUUGCAUCUACAUCAGUUUUUCCAAAUGACUUCUGCUCAUCGCCUGUAAGUAACGAGAGGAAAACUGAAAGUGACUCCCAUAGUAUGAAGGUAAAAUAAAGCGGAAUCGUAUCGUGACAGUUUAGAUUCUCGCGCGCCGUUCGCUUACAGAGCCCUCGCUCGUUAGUUAUCGAUUGUCUUAUUAUCCCGAUCGAUUAUUGUGAACGGAAUCAUGUCAGAAGUGCUGCCUUACGAAGAGAACAUCUCUCCUUACGGUGAUGAUGGAGAUGAAGAGCAGAUAUCCCUCACCUGUCGCCUGCAGAACAACAGCAGUAACUUCUUCAGUUCUGCGCAGAACAAACGAGCUCCGAAACUCGGACAGAUCGGACGCAGUAAGAGAGUUGUCAUAGAAGAUGACAGAAUUGAUGAAGUUCUGAACAACACAGCAGAGAAGUCAUCGGCGGGAGUGUAACGCUCAAGGACGAUGUUAAAGCGGCAGGAAAUCGUGGGUUACGUGCAUUCUGCAUCAAAAGCACUUUGCAGUCCCUCUUAAUAUGGGUUGAAUUUCACGGUGCAGCAGCAGGCGAGGAGAGAGUCCCUGCUGCGGGCAUCCAAACAGAGGAAGCGGGGCUCUAUCUGCUUUCUCUCUUUAAGGGCAUGUUUCAUAUCCCUUCUUAUAAAGUGACAUCUUACACUGGACAUACAAGUCCUAUGUUGUUUAAAAUACAUGUGGAGUUGGUCUGUAGUGGUCCAGAUUCAGUUUAUAUUGUGAGAGGAAUGCAUUGAUAUCAAUCACAAGCACAAAUAUGACAACAUUCGUUCAUUAUUUUGCCGUGAGACUGAGCACUUGUUUUCUCCGAAUCUUUUUGUGCACAAUGAAACUUUAAAUAUCCUAAUUAUGAUCUCCUGGAUACAUUUCGUGUUCUUUUGCAGAGAUGAUGGACUGAGAAAAUGUUUUUUUAUAGAAUGAGAAAGGAAAGACUACUUUUUUAAAGCAAUUUUUUCAUGUUGCAUAUUGUAAUUUUUUUUGAUGUGGCUGCAAACUGCCUGCUUAGCCUGAGUUCAAAAGCUUAUUUUUAUAUCAAGGAGUUAUUUCUGAAGAGAAAAAAAAUGCUUAUUUGGGUAAUAGUCGUAGCACUUUCAAACGUGGUUGUCAGCUAAAUGGAUUUUGAUCAAUUUUGUGCCAAAAGUUUGCAAAAUAUGCCAGUCGACUUGUGUUCCCGUUCACCUGAGUAAUGUGAAGUUUUCCAGGCCUGCCUCUCAUAUAUGUUUCAGGGCUUUUCUAACUGCUUUUUCUUUUUUUGCAUGAGACAGGCACAAACGCCUCCUGUGGCAGUGAAUUACUAUUAUAUUUACAGUAAUGUUACUUUGAAUGACGAACCUCAGACUCUUGAAUAUUGUGUAUGUUGCACUUCUCUAUAAUGUUACACAGGGCUAUAUUUGCAAUGAAAUGUAUGACCAAUAAAAUGUGAUUACAUAACUGAA